AUCAACCCAGGCUCGAUCUAUUCAACGCGCAAGGUGGGAGGGCUGGGGCCUCGAAAUCUUAUAACAUGCCACGACAAGAGUGGGAGGACCUCAUGUUCUAUAUCUUGCACAACAUCAAGGAAGUUGAGGAAGUGUGGAUGAGGUAAUACCACUACACCAUUCCUUUAUGUCUUCCACAUCAUCAUGUUUCAUGUUCACUUAGUCCCGGUCUAACACCGCUUAUCUUUUUUUAGUGAUUUCGUUCAAGAGGAAUGGACGGGAGUGAAUCCUCCUACUGAGGCGGAGGCACUUACUCUUCUCCGUCAUGGAAACCCUGGACGUAAAAAUUUUGUUGCUUGGUUCAUGGAGAAAGGAAAAGAUCCGAACAUAUCUAUGGAUGAUGAAUUGAGAUGGGUUUCCAUGGGUUUUGACCCUGCCGUCGUGACAUGUAAAAAGUAUGAUGUGAAUGGGUAUCGCUUCCAUACAGAGGAGCACCAAAACAGCCGCCCCGAUCCCAAAACUAUAAAUACUGGAGUGUACACCCCCGGUCAAAAUUCAGUAGACUACUACGGAAGGGUACAAAAUAUAUACGAGGUUAAAUUCCGCCAGGGGCGUGAGACCCUAAGUCUGCCUGUGUUCAAAUGCCGAUGGUUCGAUCCGCAGGAGGGGGUAAAACAUACGCCUUCCAUUGGUUUGGUCGAAGUUAAACCAUCAACCGUCUAUGCCGGAGCCGAUCUCUUCAUUGCGGCUACCCAAGCUACACAAGUAUAUUAUCUGCCUUACCCAUGCCAGAAAGUGUAUCUAAAGGGUUGGGAAGUUGUGUUCAAGGUGUCGCCACAUGGUAAGCUACCAGACCCGAAUGAAGACGAUUACUACAACAUUAACCCCAUGACAUACGAGGGAGUGUUCUAUCAAGAGCAACCUGAUGAUGAUGAUGUGGUUAGAAACGAUGACGCUAGACCAUUGGGUGAUGAUGAUGUGGACCCAAACGUCGACGAUGCACGGAAUGAUGUUAAAAGAAAACGCUGA